UGCCGGAGGAAACAGUGAAUCACACACAGCUUCAGAUGCGCAAUAUACGGUCUCACCGAAACUGAAGUCAGUUCAGAGGUCUCUUCUUCGCCAUCAGCUGCUCGUUCACAUCUCUUAUUGCUUAAUUACUUUUCUUUAGAUUUUCAACAGCGAGAGUAACGCGUUAGGUCAAGCUCGCACCUGAGGAACAAAGUUUGAGAGUACAGUUUUGCUGAAGUUUGCAGUGCGCACAUGGCUGCUCUGAUAAGCGCGUACUCGUCCUGGCCGGAGAGCUUUGAGUGCUCCGCGGGAAACGGAGACUUACCUGACGGACACGCCUCCCACAGGGCUCCCGCGGACAAGGUGUCGGAGCCGCGCAUCAGGAGACCCAUGAACGCCUUUAUGGUUUGGGCCAAAGAUGAGAGAAAGAGACUCGCAGUGCAGAACCCAGAUCUACACAAUGCAGAGCUGAGCAAGAUGCUGGGAAAGUCAUGGAAAGCUUUAACUCCACCGCAGAAGCGACCAUACGUGGAGGAAGCGGAGCGGCUGAGGGUUCAGCACAUGCAGGACUACCCCAAUUACAAGUACCGUCCCCGCAGGAAGAAGCAGCUGAAACGUAUCUGUAAACGCGAGCACCCCGGUUUCCUCCUGACCACCCUCGGUCCCGACCAGAAUUCCUUACCAGACCCCCGUUGCUGUCACCCCCUUGACAAAGAUGAUGAGGGAGUUGUAGGCGGCAGCGGUGGAUUCGGUUCUCCUAAUGCAACUCUACCUGGCGUGAGGGUCUUUAGAGAUCCCGCAAGCUCCAACAGCAGCUUUGAUACCUACCCGUACGGCUUGCCCACACCACCAGAGAUGUCACCUCUGGACGCCGUGGACCACGAGCACCAGUACUACUCGUCCUCCAGUUCGGUUUCCACCAGCUCCUGUUCGUCCUCCACCUCUUGCCCAGAAGAUAGGCGACACACCCCAGUCCACAUGAGCAGUCCACCACCCUACCAUCCUGAUUACUCGCAACAGGUGACUCUACACUGUGGCAGCUCACAUUUGGGCCACAUCUCAAUGUCUCACCAGGGAAGUGGGGCGACCCUCAUCCCCGCUCCUCCGCUUUCCUAUUACAGCCCAUCGUUCCAACAAGUUCAGAUUCACCACGGGCAUCAGGGGCACCUGGGCCAGCUGUCACCUCCUCCAGAACAGGGACACCUGGAGAGUUUGGACCAACUGAGCCAGGCUGAAUUGCUAGGUGAGGUAGAUCGAGAUGAGUUUGACCAGUACCUAAAUUCCACAAGCUAUCACCCCGAGCAGGGUGGGAUGACAGUCACAGGACACAUCCAAGUAACGCCUGCUUCAGUUUGCUCCAGCAGUAACACAGAAACCAGCCUCAUCUCCGUAUUGGCAGACGCUACGGCGGCCUACUAUAACAAUUACAGCAUUUCAUAAAUAGACUUUGACACAAACAAAAACUCAGUAUGCGCAGUUCAGUUGUGUGACUGACAAAAGGGCCGGAAUGGAGAAGCUACAGGAAGUAAACGGACACCUCAGGGAUGCAUAGAUAAAAAAAAGUUCAUUCCCAUCUUUGUUUCCAAAAGAAGAACGGAAGUAAAAAAAUACAAACAAAUGGACAGAAAUGCUCUCGUAUCUUGCCACAGAAGCAUGUAUAUAUGCUAUAAAGCUUAUUUAUAUACCUAAUUGCUUUGCAUUAAAGCUUAUUGUAAUGCUUUUUCACUCCAAAUAUAUUUCUUUUUCCCAACCUCAGUUGUUUUACCUCAAUAAUUAUUAUUUAAGUGAGGCUGGUCUCUUCCGUAAAUCCUUAACAGGACAUCAUUUUGAAGGAAUUGCCCUCUCUUUUUACAUUAAUUUCAAAAUGUACUCAAUUAAGAAAAUAGUUAUAAUGAAUACUACUGUGGUUUGCCAUGCUAAUUUAAUUCAAAUAUAUUAUUGAGUUUCUAUAUUAAGCAUUCGUUUUUGAUAUCCUCACAGAUGUCAAUAAGAGGCGAAUGAACGUGACUCUGAAACAAUGUUGUUGUCGAACCCCUUUCUGUUUGAUGAACGUAUAGAGCUGUCAGAUUUUAUGAUGAAUUGCAUUGUGUAUGCUUAUACGAAUACAUCACAGUGAUUCUGUUUGUACAUCUGGUCGUGAGAAAAAUAUGCUCUUGUUCUUUUUGUAAAAUAUUAAAAAUGAAUGCUCUGAAGUCACUUCUGAACUAGACUCAGCUGAAUAAAAAUACAAUGUAAAU